AUGGCUGAUUCUUUUUCCUCUUCUUCUUCUUCUUCGAAGAAGAUUCAGAUCUCUAUCGAUCGUGGAGGAACAUUCACGGACUGCAUUGCCAUCGUACCCGAUAGGCCAGACGGGGACAUUGUCAUCAAGCUCCUCUCGGUGGACCCGAAUAAUUACAAGGAUGCACCGAGGGAAGGGGUGAGGAGGAUCAUGGAGAUUGUAGAGGGUCGGGCGAUUCGGAGGGAUGAGAAGCUGAACACUGAGGGAAUUGAGUAUAUCCGGCUAUCCACUACCGUAGCUACAAAUGCGCUACUGGAGAGGAAAGGCGAGAAGCAUGCUCUGAUAACCACCAAGGGCUUCAAAGAUCUGAUUCGGAUCGGCAAUCAGACUCGCCCGGCUAUCUUCGAUCUGGCUAUCAAGAAGCCGGAAGUACUGUACUCGGAUGUCUACGAAGUGGAUGAGCGGGUGACACUGGUCGGCUUCACAUCUGACCCUCACUUCGCAGAGCACCAGGUCCAAUUCAACGACGAUGGCUCAAUCAAGGAGGGUUACAGAGGCCAAGAUGCACCUCCGCCUUCAGACGAGCCAGAUGCAAAGGGCGGUGAGCCUCCGAUCGUACGAGGUGUGAGCGGCGAAGCAGUAGCUAUCCUCAAGCGGCCUGACAAGGAAACGCUCAAGAAGGACUUGAAGGCGCUCUAUGACAAAGGCAUAAGGGCGCUAGCUGUCAUCUUGAUCCACUCCUUCACAUUCCCAGAUCAUGAGCGGGUGGUGGAAGAAGUGGCCAAGGAGGUUGGGUUUGAGCACAUCAGUCUCAGCUCGGAGUUGAUGCCUAUGAUCAAGGCUGUUCCAAGGGGCAACUCUACUACGGCCGAUGCCUAUCUCACUCCUGUCCUCAAGCAGUACAUCAAUUCCUUCUUCGACGGUUUUGACUCUUCGCUGAAGGAUGGCACUGCGGGCACAAAGGUGGAGUUCAUGAUGAGCGAUGGCGGUCUGACCACAGCCAAGGGCUUCAACGGGCUCAAGAGCAUCAUCUCCGGCCCCGCUGGCGGGGUGGUUGGUAUGGCGAAUACAGGGUACGACGAGAAAGACGGCCGGCCGGUCCUGGGUCUUGAUAUGGGAGGCACUUCUACCGAUGUCAGUAGAUACGCCGGAAGGUACGAGCAGGUCUUCGAUACCACGAUCGCAGGUGUGACGAUCCAAUCUCCUCAGCUGGACGUCAACACGGUAGCCUCGGGAGGCUCCAGCAAGCUCUUCUUCCGUAACGGCCUCUUCGUCACAGGACCAGAGAGUGCUAGCAGUCAGCCAGGUCCCGCCUGCUACAGAAAAGGUGGUCCGCUGACCAUCACCGAUGCCAACGUUGUCACUGGACAUCUCUCAGUGGACCUCUUCCCCAAAAUCUUCGGUCCCAAUGAGAAUGAGGGUCUCGAUGUAGAGGCAAGUACCAAAGCUUUUGAGGACUUGACGAAGGAUAUCAACAAGCAGACUGGCAAGAACAUGUCAGUUGACGAAGUCGCUCAAGGCUUCAUUCGCAUUGCUAAUGAGACGAUGUGUCGACCGAUCCGAGCUCUCACGGAGGCCCGUGGGCUCUCCGCUGCCAAGCAUAUCCUCUCUUGCUUUGGAGGUGCUGGUGGCCAGCAUGCCUGCUCGCUUGCAAGGUCGCUAGGUAUCAAGACUGUCUUGAUACACAAGUACAGCUCGAUUCUAUCUGCGUACGGAAUGGCUCUGGCCGAUCGCGUCUUCGAGCGUCAAGAACCCUCCUCACAGCGCUGGGGUAGCGAAGGUGCCCUGAAGCAAGUCGAGGCAAGGGCGAGUGUGCUGGAGAAGGAAGUGCGAGAGGAAUUGAAAAAGCAAGGAUUCGCGGAAGAUCGGAUCGUCAUCGAGUCGAUGCUGAAUAUGCGGUACGAUGGUACCGAUACGGCUUUGAUGACAUUGAAGGGCGAGAAAGGGUGGGAAGGCGUGGAGGAAAGCUUUGUGAAGACAUAUCAGCAAGAGUUUGGCUUCACUCUUGAGAAGCCCAUUAUCGUAGAUGACGUGCGGGUCAAGGGCAUCGGCAAGUCCUACGGCGACCUGGGCGAGUCUGUCCAUGCCGAGCACGCUCGUCUUCAAAAAGACGGCUUCAAAGAAGCGGCUGCCUUGGAGUCGGCAAACAAGAAGAGUGUCUACUUUGAUGGACUGGGUAGGUCGGACAUCCCGGUCAUUCCAUUGGGAGACUUGCAGGCGGGAGAGAAGGUCGCUGGUCCUGCGAUCCUGAUUGAUGGGACACAAACGAUAACGCUUGAACCCAAGUGCGAAGCGCACAUCUGCUCUGCCUGUGUCCUGAUCGAGAUCAAGUAUGAGUGAGACGUCAUCGUGCUGCCAAUCUAUAUCCUGCAACUGCGAUUUUGCCGAGUGCAAUCUAUUUAGUGCCUUGCCGUCGGCCGUGACAGCAGCCCGGGCGGAUUGCUAUUGCCAAUUUGACCCUGGGUGAGGGAGCAAGCGGGAGAGAUUCGUGAGGCUACAUGUAAGGAAAGUC